UAAAAAAACAAUAUUUAAUGUUUUCCUUUACUGUUAAACGAUAAAUUUAUUACGUAACCGUAUAACCCAAGACUCUGAUAUGUUCUAGUAGUCAUUUACCAUUCGUCAGAUCAAGAGGAAUCUGAGAAAAAUGUUCUCCCAAAUCAAAAGAAUUACUUUGUGCAAUGUGAAGAAAAUGAGCAAAAGAUUCAUGGUUACGACGACGAGUGAUGAGAUUUUAUUGGAAAGUAUUAAGGAUGUAGGAGUUAUUACUUUGAAUAGGCCGAAGGCUUUGAAUGCUCUUAAUCUGUCGAUGGUGAGACAGCUUUUGCCGGUGUUGAAGGAAUGGGAACGGGAGAAGGCUCUUGUUAUUAUCAGGGGUGCUGGUGAGAAAGCCUUCUGUGCAGGCGGUGAUGUUAUAGCAGUUGUCGAGAGUGGAAAAGCUGGUGAUGAUUUGGGAGCACAAUUUUUUCGAACUGAGUACACUAUCAACUGUUUGAUUGGAAAUUAUCAGAAACCUUAUGUGGCCUUAAUUGACGGUAUUACAAUGGGCGGAGGCGUCGGUUUGUCUGUUCACGGAAAAUACCGAGUGGCCACCGACAGGACUCUUUUUGCAAUGCCGGAAACGGCCAUCGGCCUGUUUCCGGACGUUGGCGGAAGUUAUUUCUUGCCACGCCUACAGGGAAAACUAGGAUUGUAUUUGGGGCUGACCGGUCAUCGUCUGAAGGGCAGCGAUGUCUACAAAGCAGGCAUAGCCACACAUUACUGCGACAGUGGCAGCAUGAACGACCUCCAAUUGGAUUUGACUGAAUGUCGAAGCAGUGAGGACGUUGACAAGUGCCUUGAUAAAUACCAGAUCAACGAUGGAAUACCUUUUGAACUAGAACCGGUCCUGGAGAGGAUUAACAAGUGCUUUACUGCACCCACUGUCGAAGACAUUAUUAGGAAGCUGGAGGAUGAUAAUAGCGAAUGGGCUAAUAAUACAUUGAAGGCAAUUAAAAAAAUGUCGCCGACAAGUCUCAAAUUAACUUUUGCACAAUUGCAAAGAGGAUCAGAAAUGAAAUCUCUUGCCGAGUGUUUACAAAUGGAAUACACUAUUGCAGUGCAUUCCUUGCAAAAUCCAGACUUCCAUGAAGGUGUUCGUGCCAGAUUAAUAGACAAAGACAACAAACCAGUAUGGACCCCACAUCAAUUAGAGGUAAUCACAGAGGAUCACAUUGAAAGAUUCUUCAGGAGAUUGUCAUUGGACGAGGAACUCAAACUUGUGGAUUCUUCCAAAUGAAAUUCCAAUUAUUUUGGUCUUGGUCACAAAGGGUAAAAUAAAUUGAUUGUGUAAAUAGUUUUUGUGUAAAUGUGUGGAGGAGGAGACGGUGCCUUGUUUAUAUGAAAUUUUGUAAGUAAAUGAAAUAUAUUUUAUGAUCUGUUGAAG